CAGAAGUUCUUGCUUUCUGCUUGUUUCUUCGGCACCAACACUGUUUGGUAAGGUUUUCUCUUGUGAACUCGUGAUAGAAAUUUAGUUAAAACAAAUUUAACAAAUAUGUAUCCCAAUACCAUCGGGAGUCGUCAAGCUGCUAAGGAACAUGUUUUGGCAGUUUCCAGAGAUUUCAUCUCACAGCCACGUUUGGUCUACAAAACUGUGUCUGGCGUUAAUGGACCUCUGGUAAUUUUGGACGAUGUGAAAUUUCCCAAAUACGCUGAAAUUGUUCAAUUGAGACUUGCCGAUGGAUCUUUACGUUCAGGAUCAGUUCUUGAAGUUUCAGGAUCAAAAGCUGUUGUACAAGUUUUUGAAGGAACAUCGGGUAUUGAUGCAAAAAAUACUCAUUGCGAAUUUACAGGCGAUAUUUUACGAACUCCAGUUUCGGAGGAUAUGUUGGGUCGUGUAUUUAAUGGCUCUGGUAAACCAAUUGAUAAAGGACCUCCAAUUCUUGCUGAAGAUUUCUUAGAUAUUCAAGGACAACCCAUUAAUCCUUGGUCACGUAUCUAUCCCGAGGAAAUGAUUCAAACGGGAAUUUCUGCAAUUGAUGUUAUGAAUUCAAUUGCUCGUGGUCAGAAAAUUCCCAUUUUUUCAGCAGCUGGUCUACCACAUAACGAGAUUGCUGCUCAAAUUUGUCGUCAAGCUGGUCUCGUUAAAGUACCUGGUAAAUCUGUAUUGGAUUCACAUGAGGACAAUUUCGCUAUUGUUUUCGCCGCUAUGGGUGUAAAUAUGGAGACGGCACGUUUCUUUAAGCAGGAUUUCGAGGAGAAUGGCUCAAUGGAAAAUGUGUGCCUCUUUUUAAAUCUCGCCAAUGAUCCCACCAUUGAACGUAUUAUUACACCGCGUCUUGCAUUAACGGCAGCUGAAUUUUUAGCUUAUCAAUGCGAAAAACAUGUGUUGGUUAUUCUCACUGAUAUGUCAUCGUACGCUGAGGCACUUCGUGAGGUAUCGGCUGCCCGUGAAGAAGUUCCCGGACGUCGUGGUUUCCCCGGUUAUAUGUACACUGAUUUGGCAACAAUUUAUGAACGUGCUGGACGUGUUGAGGGACGUAACGGAUCAAUUACACAAAUUCCAAUUCUUACUAUGCCUAAUGAUGAUAUUACACAUCCUAUUCCUGAUUUAACUGGAUAUAUUACCGAGGGACAAAUUUACGUCGAUCGUCAAUUACAUAACAGACAAAUUUAUCCACCGGUCAAUGUGUUGCCGUCAUUGUCUCGUUUAAUGAAAUCGGCUAUUGGCGAAGGAAUGACUCGUAAGGAUCAUUCGGAUGUUUCAAAUCAACUGUACGCAUGUUACGCCAUCGGUAAGGAUGUACAGGCCAUGAAGGCUGUUGUCGGUGAGGAAGCAUUAACGCCCGAUGAUUUAUUGUAUCUCGAAUUUUUAUCGAAAUUCGAAAAGAAUUUCAUUUCUCAGGGAAGUUAUGAAAAUCGUACAGUUUUUGAAUCACUUGACAUUGGCUGGCAACUCCUUCGUAUCUUCCCGAAGGAAAUGUUAAAGAGAAUUCCAGCCACUACACUCGCUGAAUUCUAUCCAAGAGACUCACGUCAUUAAUUAACUUCAAAAAAAAAAUUUGAUUUUUAGUUCUAAUAAAUAUCAUUUAAGAAAAACAAAAAAAAAACACCUGAUUUGUGUUGCAAGAAUAUUUUCAUUUAUUUUUAAAUUAAAAUUUGAAGGAAAAAAAAAACAUUUUCUUGCUUCAUGAAUUUUGAUCUAAAUAGUACAACAAUAAAAAAAAUAUAUAAAUUGAGAACCAUUUUUUUUUUUUUUCGAAGACAAUAUAAGAAAAAUAUUUUCAAAUUUAUGUAUUAAUAAUAUACAUACUAUAUGGUUCGUCAAGAUCGAAAAAAAGAAGAUCAGGUGAAUAUUUUAAAUGUAAAUUUUUAAAUUAUAGCUGCUGAAUAUGUUUUUAUGUUUGUUUUGAAUAUAUUCUAUAAUAUGAAAGAAAAAAAAACUAUAGCGACAAGAGAGAUUUUAUCAAAUAUUAAAAUCACGCUUUUAUAUUAAAAUUGGAAAAGGGUGAUUAUAAAUAAAUAUAAUUUAGUUAGCAAAGCGCACUUAUUUUCCAUUCAUCGGAAAGUUUGUAAUUUUAUUAACGAUUAAAUUUAUAGUAGUCAAUUUUUAAUUAACGUCGCUAAUUUCAAAAAAGAAAAAAAAAAAGAACGUUCAAUUCACGAAAAUAUUUCAAGCAACACCAAGGCCAUGUGUGUAUGCGCGCAUUUGAAACAUCUUUGAAAUAAAUUUCCAAUGAUCGUUCUUUUUAAUCGUAAAAAAAAGAAUUACGUCUGUUAAAUUAAAAAAAAAAAAAAAAUCAUGAAAUUGUAAAUUGUAAUAUAUAAGUCAGUAUUAUGAACGAGAAAAACAAAGAGCAAGUGCGUUAUAAACAUUUUUUGUUUCAAUAAUAAGCGCCUCCCCCCGCACAUUCCAAAAAAUGAAAAUUUUUAUUUAUAGAAAGAUCCUUAAAAAAAAGAAUUGUCGCCCAACAUCCAAAUGUACAGUUUCUUUUCCCUUUCUCUCUCUCUCUCAAAAAAAAAAAAAAAAAAAAUGUACAAGAUUCAUCGGAUAUACAUUUUCUAUCAAAUUUAUUGUAAAUUUUUAGAUAUAGUAUGUGAUUAAACGAGAAAAAAUUAAUUGCUUGAUUUUUUGAAAUGAAAAGUCAGAAUUUAUUCGCAAAGAAAAAAAAAAUAAAUUAAAAUUGCAACGCCUGUUUGAUAUGAGGUUCCGAAGCAAUCAUUGUUAAUAAAUGUCAGUGAUUCAACUGUCGUGUGUAAUUAAUUGAAAGUUAAUCAUUUAAAUUCUUUUAGUGUUAUACAAAAGAUAAAUGUACAAUAACUAUAUAUAUUAAAAGAAAUCUAUGAAAGUAAAA